GUUAAGUUUGUACCAGAGACCGACGAUCUGCAGAUUGUUUCAUCUGCACGUGAUGGAAUGGUCCGGCUGGCCAUGCUCCAUCCAGAUGGUCGGUCGAUGAUAACGACCCGUUGUCUUGCGAAACACGAUGAUGCCUGCCACAAAAUUGCCACUAUUGCUGAUGCACCUUCAGUCUUCCUAACUGCUGGCGAAGAUGGCUGCGUAUUUUCCAUUGAUCUGCGCGAGUGUCGCGCUAAUAAGUUGAUUUGCUCCCAUUGUUUGAAUCCCCUUAUUUUCCUUGGAAGGGUAUUUGAUCGACGACGACUCUCACCUUCGUUCCCCAAGGAGGGCUAUCUCCAUUCCUUCGCCCCUUUCCACCUAAAGGCGAAAUCGCAACAUAAUCAACGGCAGUCGGAACAAGCGGAAGCAGAGGACAGUGAUCGUGAAGUGAUCGGCAUGGAUGACGAAGAUGCGGAUGACGAUGAAGAGGGUGACGAAGAUGAUGAAAUCGAGGGUGGACUGCUCUCGUCACGUCUAGGCCGGCAGAUAUUAAGCAUCUUGCGGGAAGACCUGCGACGGCGCAACCGACUGGCCUCCUCUUCUCAGGAAGGGGAAGAAUCUUCAGACAGUAGUAAUCUGAAUGAAGGCCUUCCAAGACGACAUCGGAGAGUCAACUUAAGUGCUCGACUCAAUCCCCUUGAUGACCAUGCGCAAACUAAAUUUAGUGUCACUGCAGCCAUAUAUAGCGCUAAUGGAGAUGUGACGCUGGGUCUUUUUUGUCUUCUCACAGCCAUCCUUGCGUCGUAUAACGACGAAGAUAUAUACCUAUUUAACUCCCGAAAUGACAGUCUUCCGCCUAUUCAUGCUUAUCGAGGACAUCGAAACAACAGCACAGUGAAAGGUGUUAACUUCUACGGUCCUAGCUCGGAGUUCAUUAUGAGCGGAAGUGAUGAUGGCUUCAUCUACAUCUGGGAUCGGUACUCGGAAGGCAUUGUUCAGUGGCUUUGUGGUGACAUCAACGGAGCCGUCAACGUUUUAGAGCCCCACCCUACCUUACCGAUCUUCGCCACCUCUGGUUGCGAUUACAACUUCAAGAUCUGGGCACCUCGCCCCGGUCGAAACGGGGACUACUCCCAGCCGGAAUCCUGGCUUUCCGUAAUCAAAGACGACGAGACUGGCCGACCGCAUUUGUAUGACCCAGAGCGUGUAAUUGAAUCUAUGAGAGCGCUUCGCAAGUCACGUCUUGCAAAGCGCAUUUUUGGAGUUGAUAAAAAUGCGAAAUCUGUAUUUUGUGGUGAGACAAGACCUGAAGAUGAUACUGAGGCAGGCAGCAUUGGAAAGAGGAGGUGGUCGGAGAGUGAUGACAAAAUUACAUCGCCUAAACAGAUGAGACGAUCGCCAACAAAAGGUGAUAAACUGUUAUCUGUUAAUCUCGGGAAUUUGGAAAUUGCGGCUGCUCUACAAGAAAGGCUUCCUUUUAAUUCCAAAGAUUUACAGUUAGUAGCGAGUUGCAUCUAA